ACGCCGCCUUGCGGGUGUCCACCAUGCCGCCGCUGUAGGCUCAACGAGGUGCAAACGGCACUGAGCCGCGGCCAGAAGGCUGUGGCUUGCCUUGUCCAAAGUUUGGCGGGGUUUCGCGUAGGGAGCAAGGAGAGGGAGAGCCAACAGCUCUCCGGGAGUGAAACCGCCGUCACGUGACGCCGGCGCAGCGAGAGUUCGUAUAGAGACCGCAGGACAUCAAAGCAGCGAUGGCCUGCCGCGAACGCGAGUCCUGCUGGUGUUUUGGCACCGCGACGCCGCAAAGAGCCCCGUCGCCACCCCAGAACGGCCUCUGCUCGCCGUCGACGUCCAACGGGAGAGCUUCACCAGCCCCGUUACCUUCCGUCCUGAGAAAGAUCGAGAAGUGGGGCGACUACGAGGCCGUUGGGGGCUUGGUGCCGGUGCGCGGCGGCCGGGGGUUCGUCCCAAUGAAGACGCCGCUGACACGGGCCCAGAUGGCCUCUCUAAAAAAAUCGGGCAAGCGCAUUAAAUAUCCCCACGACCUGCAGGGCUUUGUCCGGGACCAGGCUGCUCAAGGGAGGCGUGUGGGUCUGGUUAUCGAUUUAACGUGUCAUGAUUGCCUCUACGAGUCGGAAUUGAGCUUGUGUCCGGGCGUGCGGUAUGUCCACCUCGCCACGGAGGCCAAGAAGGUCGUGGAGCCCUGGUUGGUCGAGCGGAUCGCCGACGAGGCUCGGUCACUAUGGCGGAAAGAUUCGAAGGCAGUAGUAGCGAUCCACUGCAGCUAUGGGUUUAAUAGGACCGGAUUUGCACUUUGUUCUUACUUAGCGACGCACGACGGCAUGGACAUCGAUGACGCCUUAGCUCUAUUUGAACAAGCACGACCGCCAGGCGUCAAACACGGUCAUUUCAGCGAAGAACUGAAAAGGAGGUUUCCGGGCCGGCCGACGCCGUCGCCCGUCCAGAAUAUACAAACACCGGAGAACAAUGGUCAUAACGCGGACGAGGAGGACCCUGGGUCUUUGUCGGAGCCCGCGUCGCUGUCGACGACGCCAGUCGCCGGUGAGGACCCUCUGAUGGGCCUGAAGCGCUGCAAGCCGAGCGGCGAGUUCAGCCCGCUGCGGACGAACUCGCGGUAGUAGGCGCGUGUUCUAAAAAAGUAUCGUUU